AUGCAUGCAAGCAGCCUCACUGCGUAUGAUGAGGUGAGACAAGUGGUUGUCUCUUGCCUCCAGGCUAAGAGAGUCUGGACGCCAAAUGCCACUUAUGCCCACCAUGGCAGAGCCAAAGACCCAGAUGCCAUGGACAUUGGCAAGAUUGGGGAUAAAGAAAGCCCCAAAGGCAAAGGAAAGGGCAAAGACAAAAGUGGCAAAGGCAAAAAGGGUGACAAACCCAAAGGAAAGGGCGAUGGCCACCAGCUUGGGGAGAAAGGAAAGGACAACAAAGAAAAAGAAAAGUGCCCCAUCUGUUGGCGCGCAGGCCACAGAGUCCAAGACUGCUGGUUCAACUCCAAAGGAAAAGGAAAGGGCCAAGGCAAAAAGGGAGGAAACACUGUCAACCAAGUGGCAGACGACAACGCGUCAGUCCUCUCUGCGGGCCCCUCCGCAUCCCAAGCGGGGAGCACCGCCAGCACUACCAAACCAGGAUUGCGGCGCAUCUCCGAUGAGCACAUGCGCGUGCUCAGAAUUGGGGGCGGGGACAUCCGCCAAGGACACCUUUUGGUGGACACAGGGGCUACUGUUUCAGUAUGCCGGCCCGGAACCUUCAAGGCAGCCGUCGACCUAGAACAAAAGCAGAAACUGUACUCGGUGGACGACACGCUUCUGAACACCCAAGGUGUUACGGAACCGGUGUUGGAGCUUGGCGACCAAAAUCGCCAGACCGCUAGGACUACCUGCCAGGUGGUUGAGGGCAUCACCGACGACAUCCUUUCGGUCAACAGGGCCGUGGAUGCGGGUGCCAAGGUGGUUUUCCACAAGCCACGCGUGUAUCGAGGGAACCAGUUCCUAAUGCCCUACACCGAGCUCAAGAAAGCCAAACGGGCCACCAUAGCACCAGUAGCGGCCGAAGUUAUCAACGUGAUAGUUGACGACCCCGAGGCCGAAGCUGUGGAGGAAUGGGCCCGGAGAGAGGCAGAGCGGGAAGCAGCCGCCGCAGCAGCAGCUGACGAAGACGCUGCGGUAGAGCAAAGGGCCGCCGAGGUCCUAAACCUGGUUGACAAAGACACCGGAAACGUGGCCUGGGCCAUCCAGAAAAGGAUGGGCGCGGAUAAGGUGAAGGUGCGGGAAGCGCCGCCUUACUCCCACCAGAGCCAGGGGGCAGUAGAAGGCCUGUGGGUAGGUAGACUGGAACGCGACAACAGCAACAUCAUCCUCACGGAGGCAGCUCUCAUGGCCACCGUGGCAGGUGUGCCAUGGGAACCACGUUGGGGAAGACGGUUGCGGGAAGCGCCACUAGUGGUUGUUCUCCCAAACGACGAACACGAGCGAGUGUACGAGGAAGACGGACCACCACAGCCACCGGAGCUAGCCCACGACGGCCCAAGCAACAGGGUCGACAUAGAAGCGCUGCCACGCGACGCUCGAGACGCUGGCCGAUCACGCGGGGCCAUGAUGGGCGACCAGUGCGGGCGCAACCGCCGUGAGGGCGCCGGCGGGGGAACAGAGACCGCCAAAGCAAACGAAGGCGGAACCGAAAAAGAGCCGGGGAACCCGUUCGCAGAGCAGAGGCUCGCGACGGUGAUGGACUACCUGGCGUUCACGCCAAUGGCUCGACGAAGCGUCCCCAGAGGGUCAAAGAUCUUCCGCUACACGUGGGUAGACAAGGCCAAGGGAGGCGUCUACAAGUCACGCUUCACGUGUGCCGAUGUCAAGCGCGGGUACACCGCCGAAGAGGAGCAAGACCUCAAGGUGUUUGUGCCAACACCAACUCCAGAGGCACACAGCCUUCUGGAAGUCCGAGCGCAGACGGGUGAGUACGUCUACAUGCGGGCACCGCCCGAGUGGAGACCCCUCUAUGAUGAGUGGGUGCGGGAAAUUUCGCCAGCCCAAAGGAUACCAUUUGAGGACGUGGUGUUCCGCCUGGAUGGGAAUCUGUACGGCAGACGUACAGCAGGCUCGGUCUACCGAGACGAGCUUGAGGAAAUCGGGCCGAAGGAAAGGAGCCAGGUUCCGUCCAAGAAGGCAAACCUGGAAAACCUUGAACCUCUGAGCGCCGGAAAAGCCGCCCAGUAUCGCUCAGCCGUUGGUUCCGCGAUCUACUUGUCAGCGGACCGCCGCGACAUACAGUUUGCGGUAAAGGAGCUAGCUCCAAGGGCUUGCGACUGGGAGUGCGCUCAGAAUCUGGGAAGGUACCUCCAAACCUACCCAGACCUCGUUCGGGUCACUACUCUAGACCCUGCGGCCUACGAAGGUCCGCUUGUGCUAGAUGUGUUCAGUGAUUCGGAUUGGGGGGGUUGCGCAGAAACGCGCAGAAGCACAGACAGCCAUGUGGUUGUACUGGGAGGAGCUGUGAUCACCACAACAACGCAGACACAGCCCGGACUACCGGCGACCUCUAGUCCGGACGCUGAGCUUCGAGGGAUUAGUAGGGCAUGCCGGGAGGCCCUGUUCGUCUACGAACUGGCCACCAAGAAUUUUGGACUCGAGGUCCAGAUCCCACGCCUUUGGAGCGAUAGCUCCACCGGCAUCACAGCUGCCAAAAGAAUUGGCCCAGGUAGCAAACUCAGGCACCUGGAAGUCUGUGAGUUUUACGUGCAAGGCGCGGUCCAGGCCGGCAAGAUGUUGCUAAGAAAGGUCAAGGGUACAGAAAAUCCUGGAAACUUCCUGACCAAACACGCCAAAACGGGCAAGGAAGUGCAGGAAGCCCUGCCAUCUCUUGGCAUGGUAGACCUUAAAACGGAUGAGGAGGAGCAGGUCGAACCUGCAGAAGCCCCAGCACUACAAGUGCGGGCACCUCCGCUGAGGGAUCACAGGCCUCCAGCUCCAGAGCCAGAGCCUGUUGACCAAGAACAGGUCCCUCAGCAAGCUGCAGCAGCGGCAGCAGCACCACCUGAACCACCCCAAGGGGGGAUGAGACAAAGAAAUAGGGGUGCUAGGCAAAUCCCAGUGAGGGAGCAAGGCGCCAUGUACUACGCACCGACAAGGCGCACAGCACACAUCUUCAGGAACUGCUCAGGGCUUGCCCCUGUCCCUGACGCAGAAAUCCGAGGUGUGCAAAUCUGCCCUUACUGCCAGGAGAACUGGCCGGCAGGGGUUCCCAUGACAAGGGAACUGAGGCAUGUGUGGGCACAAUAUGAUGCCUACAGGACUCCACAUUUGGUGGAUCAUUGCUUCGUGGUGCGCUAUCGUGCCACCACAGAGUUGCCCGUCUGCAGACACUGCCGGGAUGGGCACAUCCAAACAGAUCCCUAA